AGACUCAGUUAACUCGCCAAUCCACGUGAGAUAUUUGCGUUUCAGUGUUUUAGAAAUUCUCUUUGCUUUUGGAUAUGAAACGUCUUUGCCAUUCCAUUUGAAUUUGAUAUUGUCUGCCGUAGUACAGCCUGGAUGCUUCAAAUCGACAUGUUUUCGCAAAGCAUUCCUCGUUUUAAAUUCUUUUUCGCAGAAAAUACAGCUAGUUACACAACUGUUGGCCAUAGUAAUAGCUUGGGUUUUAAAUUUACUACAAAUUAACAUAGAUACGCGAGUGCAAAGGUAAAACUACCAAUCAAAUUCAUUGCUUUUCGUUAAUCCAGGAAGUGACACUAUGUGAUACUUUGUGUCACUUCCUGGAUUAACGAAAAGCAUGACAUUACCUGGACAUUACCUGUGUCAGACACCGAAAAGCAUUUGACUGCUUCGUUGUUAUACUAUCGGUAUGAAUGAAUCGCAAAGCUUAUAUCACAAGAAAAGAAGAAAAGAACAAAAAAAACGAAGAAAUAAGCGGAGAAAGGAAGAACAAGCAGCAGAACGACAGGAAGAACGGGAUUUGAGGAUUGCACGUAAAGUCGAGAAACGUGUUAAAGAGUGUUUGGAAGAGAAAAAGGCAACCGAACGCAAACAGGCAGCGUCUAAAAAGCCAGCAAUAGCUCGGGUAAAGGAAAUCCAUCCCCUACAUGUUGUAAAGACGAGGGUUAACUUGGGAUCUGGAACCUUUGGUACUUGCUACCUAGGGCGAUACCGCGGCAAAGACGUCGUUGUUAAAGAACUUCUGAAACGUAGCAAAAGUGAUUCUGACAAAGAAGCAUCCAUUCGAACAAAAGCGGAGCUACUCAACGAAGCUAGAAUCAUUCAGAAUCUUGGCGAUCAUCCCGGUAUACCAUUGCUGUUUGGAAUUUGCAGUAAAAAUCUUCCAUACAAGCUAGUCCUGCAAUUCCACGGUGAGCGACAAAAUAGCAUUACCAUAGAAAAAGCGUUGACCACCCGCAAAAUACCUUCAAAAGCGGCUUGGAAACAAAUCAUUAUAAAAACUGCUGAGGYAUUGCAACAUAUUCACAACGCCGGAUAUCUGCACAACGAUUUAAAAACGAACAACGUUGUUCUUGACAGUGUUGUGUCAGAAAACGAUGUUAUUAAUUACAUUCCCGUUAUAAUUGACUUCGGUAAAAGCCGAAGCAAAUCCUGCCGAAGCCAUUCAGCAAAGAAGAUGUCGUCAGAAGAGCAAAAGAACUACUUGUUUAAGUAUCCUCGCAUUGCACCGGAGAUCUCCCGCGGAGAAGUGCAAAGUGAAUCCAGCGACAUUUACAGUUUUUCAAUCUUGGUAAAACGAGUUUUCUUAAAGAGUUCCUUCGGUACCUGUCCAGAGGUUAUUCUCCGUGCCUUGUCAGAAAGUCCAGGUAGCAGACCAUCACUCGCUGACAUAAUUAAAGUGUAUGCUACGUUGUAGUCAGUUUAUCAAGAUAAUGGCCCAUGUAGUGAACACUGGAGCUACUACAUAAUGUUUGUAAUGUUUACCCUCAAAUGUAAUCCAAACUAUUAAUCGAUUGUUGUGUGUUCUUUUUUGAUAACCACAAGUUUUAACUUUUCAACUUUUUUGAGAACUCUUGUAUCAUAUAUUAAACAUAAGUAUUUUAGAGCCAUUUUCUAUCCGCAAAAAAAAUCGCAUAUUAAA